GGAAGAAAAGGGAAAAUAUGGGAGGAGGAGAGGAAAAUAUGGGAGAAAUAAAGGGGAUGUGGAGGAGAAGAGAGGGAAGAUGGAGGCAGCAAUGUGGGCGCGUGCCAAGGGAGGAGGGCAGGGGGUGGUAAAGGGGGGGGGGCAGGGGCGGCCCCAUAUCCCCAAUCAGCUGGAGCUGCCCCCGCUGCCCCCCGCCCGCCGCGGGCAUGCAGGGCAUGGAGCUGUGCGCCGUGGCCGUCGUCAUCCUCCUCUUCAUCGCCGUCCUGAAGCAGUUUGGCAUCCUGGAGCCCAUCUCUGUGGAAGACAGCUGUGACGGCGACGUGGAGCUGUCGGCUGCGCGGCACCAACCCGAGGGGCUGGAAGAGCUGCAGGCACACACCAAGUUCACCAAGAAGGAGCUGCAGUCCCUCUAUCGUGGCUUCAAGAACGUGAGUUCGCCCCGCGCCCCCUUUUUGGAGACCUUCACACUCAUCUACGCUCAGUUCUUCCCGCAGGGAGAUUCCAGUGCCUACGCUCACUUCUUGUUCAACGCCUUCGAUGCGGAUGGCAAUGGGGCGCUGUGCUUUGAGGACUUUGUCACCGGGCUGUCCGUCCUGCUGCGGGGCACGGCGCAGGAGAAGCUGAACUGGGCUUUCAACCUGUACGACAUCAAUAAGGACGGCUGCAUCACCAAGGAGGAGAUGCUGGAGAUCAUGAAAUCCAUCUAUGAUAUGAUGGGACGCUGCACGAUGCCUGCGCCGCGGGACAGCGCGCCUGCAGAGCACGUGGAGCAGUUCUUCAUGAAGAUGGACAGGAACGGGGACGGCGUGGUGACCUACGAGGAGUUCCUGGAGUCAUGUCAGCAGGAUGCGGCCAUCAUGAGCUCCAUGCAGAUCUUUGAGAACACCAUUUAGAGCAGGAACCCUUCAAAUGAGCAGGAAAAAAACGAGAAAUAAGGAGAAAAAACACAAGAAAUGAGGAGAAACCCUUCAGAACAAGGAGCAAACCUUCCUACCGAGGAGACCCCAUUGAGAAUAAAGCUCCCAUCGCCAGGUUGCACAGCCGACCCCCCCCCAAAGCGCUUCAUUUUGGGGCAGAUCUCCCCAAAAAUGGGGUCUGUGCCAUGAUGGAUAUUAUGGGAUGGAUGGGGGGGGUGUUAAGGGGACCCCCCCGUUCCAUCAGCUUUAAGAACUGAAUGGCUGUUUGGGUUUAUUGCCCUCAUUAAAGCACUCGGUGAUGCUGUGGGA